AUGGUCGAUUGUUUUGGUUUUGAAGAUGAAUCACUCGCUGCAUGUCAUUUGAAUGAUUCAAAUCGAUUUAUCUGCGAAUCAGAUCCAAACACAUGUCUAUUACCUGUCGCAGUUGGUAAUGGACACUCAGAUUGUCCUCUAGAAGAGGAUGAAUUAUAUGCAUAUACAUCUAGUUUAGUAAAAUUAGUGCCGUUUGGAAAUCUAUGCAAUGGUAUCCUUCAUUACGAAGCUUCGCCAUUGGGUGACAUAGAAACUGACGAAACCAAUUGUGAAUGGUGGCCAUGUAAUAAUCCAUAUACCCGUUGUGACGAACUUCAGCAUUGUUUAAAUGGUGUUGAUGAAUUGAAUUGUCCUAACAGUCAAUGUUCCUCAAAUGAGCAUGAAUGUGAAAACGAAUUACUUGGAUUAUCCUAUUGCUUACCUAUCAAUCAUAUAUUCGAUAAAUAUGUCGAUAAUUGUAGUGAUCCAUUCAUUUCUCGCCAAAUCUAUUUUUAUAAUGGAACAAAGAACAUCAGUAACGAUUACUUAUCAUGGAACAAUGCUAAAUGUGCUGCUUCACAUGAAAUUUGUCGAAGUUCUACUUUUUCAUCCAUACCAAAGAUACAGCCAGAUGUAUGUCUUCAUGAAUGCACCCAACCAAAUUCGAUGUGUACACAAGCUGUUCACCUUAUUGAAAAUAUUACUUAUCUAUGCUAUCUCAAAUCAAGAAGAAGUUCUUAUAAUUUUCCCGAUCUAUUUUUCAUACCCACACGAUUUGGUGAUUUUCCUUCAAUAACAACUAAUUGUUCUAUUCCAAUCAUUCCUAAAUAUAAUCAAGAAAGAAAACUUGUUUCAGAGAUUGAUGCUACUUUUAAUUCCUAUUGUUAUCGUGGAAUUGCUGUGUUAUAUGGUAUUAAUCAAACGAAAAUAUGUUUUUGUCCACCUAAUUAUUUUGGUCUUCAAUGUCAAUGGCAAAAUCAACGUGUUAGCUUAACUCUUCAGUUUCUUCGAGAUGGUACUACAUCUAGUAAUGUUAUAUUUCAAGCAAUUAUUAUGCUUAUUGAUGAAAAUGGACAAAUUACACCUUAUUUUGAACAAAUUACAUAUAUGCCUUCUCGUGAUUGUGAUACAAAAUUUAAUAUCUAUUUACUUUAUCCAAAUCGACCAAAACAUAUCUCUAGUAACUAUUCAAUUCGUAUUGAUCUUUUUGAAAAAACAANAUACCCCGACGUGCUUUGUUGA